CAUCAGAACAAAAUGCAUCAAGCUUCCCUCUGUGCUGUCUCAAAUUCAACAGCUAAUCUUCCAUCAAUGUCAAACCGCACCCAUUUCAAGCUUAGACAGUUCAAUCGAAUUAGGAGCCAGUCUCACAUGAGUAUUACCCCAACACAGCAUAGGUGGACUCUUCAGGACAUGACAGCUCUUGUCACUGGUGGGACUCGCGGAAUUGGGCACGCCAUUGUGGAGGAAUUGACGGGGUUUGGGGCCAAAGUGCAUACAUGUGCCAGGAAUGAAGAAGAUCUCAGUAAGUGCCUCAAGGAAUGGAAUGAUUCGGGUUUUGAGGUUACUGGCUCUGUUUGUGAUGUCUCGGUUCCUGUACAGAGGGAGGCUCUGAUGGAAGCUGUUUCCUCUGUCUUCCAGGGGAAACUCAACAUCCUUAUAAACAAUGUAGGGACAAACAUUCGGAAACCAGUGACAGACUUCACAAGUACAGAGUUUUCCAGUCUCAUUGAUACCAAUUUAGGAUCCACCUUUCAUAUAUGCCAACUUGCAUAUCCACUUUUGAAAGCAUCGGGAAUGGGGAGUGUUGUGUUUAUCUCCUCUGUUUCUGGUUUUGUCUCACUCAAGUCCAUGUCUGUUCAAGGAGCAACGAAAGGGGCAAUUAAUCAACUUACAAAAAAUCUAGCUUGUGAAUGGGCAAAAGACAAUAUACGAAGUAAUGCAGUUGCACCUUGGUACAUCAGAACUUCAAUGGUAGAGAAGGUGCUCAGCAACAAAGACUAUCUCGAAGAAGUAUAUUCUAGAACUCCUCUUAGGCGCCUAGGAGAUCCAGCAGAAGUCUCUUCUGUUGUUGCCUUUCUUUGCUUACCAGCAUCAUCAUACAUCACUGGCCAGAUUAUUUGCAUUGAUGGAGGAAUGUCUGUGAAUGGUUUCUACCCAACACAGAUCUAAGAGUUUCAGCUUAUAUCAUGCACUCUCCUUCCUACUAAUUUUCCUCUACACCUGCCAUUCUUGUGGAGCAUUUGGCAUGGUAAAUUGUGGUUCUUUGUCAUACUUACAGAAUUUUGAGCUUUAGUCCACCAGAAGUCCACAGAGUAAUGUGCUUGUUCUUAGCAUGACACAAUCUUUGACAAAGAAAAAGUACAAGUUUAUAACCGCUCUAAUUUGUGCAACGUGACUUUUAACUUGGUGAGAAAUAAUAAUUAUUUUUU